UAACAUGAUUUUAUAAAAAAUUAUUAAUUAAUGUUUUUUAAUUAGUAAAAGUUUUGUAUUAGUUUAAAAUACAAAUUAUUAUAUGUCUGGCAUUUAGCAAAUAUAUUUUAGUUUAUCACCAGAUUUUGUAUUGUAAUCAUCAUAUUUUUACACUUAUUUUGUAAUUAAUUUCACCCGAUUUUACACACUAUGUCUGAUCUCAGCGAGGGUAUAAUACUAGGCAUCGGUAACCCGUUGCUGGACAUCACGUGCAACGUUAGCGACGAGUUUCUAAUUAAAUGGAAACUGAACGCCAACGACGCGAUAAUGACCGAGGGCGAAUCGCACGACAAACUAUUCACCGAGAUCACCGCCAACUACCAGUGCCAGUACAUAGCGGGUGGCAGUUGUCAAAACACGUUGCGCACAAUCCAAUGGAUGCUGAGCAAACCUAAUCUGGUCACGUGUUUUGGAGGGGUGGGCGACGACGAGUUCGGGCGCAUUAUGGCCGACAAGUCGCGCGAAGUGGGCCUAAACUCGGUGUACAUGGUGGACAAACUGGUGCCCACGGGCAAAUGCGCUUGCCUCAUUUCCCAGGGCAACGCGUGCCGCUCACUGGUCGCCUAUUUGGGCGCCUCCCAGACGUUUAACAUACAGCACGUGUUGGACAACUAUGGUUACGUGGAAAAGGCCAAGAUCAUUUAUUCAACCGGCUAUCACCUGGCUGUUAGCAAGGAGUCCAUAUUGAAUUUGGCCAACCAUGCGCAUAGUAAUGCGGGUAAAUUGUUUGCGUUCAAUUUGUCCGCUCCCUAUAUUAGUCAGGUGUUUGGCAAAGACCUGCUGGAAGUUGUGCCGUAUAUGGAUAUACUGUUUGGCAAUGAGACAGAGGCGGCCGCUUUUGCCGAGCUUAAUGGUUGGCAGACUAUAGACCUAAAACAAGUGGCUAAACUGGCGGCAGACAUGCCCUGUCGGCGACCGGACGGCCGUAUAGUAGUGAUCACUCAGGGAACCGAUGCCGUACUCGUGGCCACCACUGCCCACCACGAGGUCCGUGAAUACCCGGUACCGGUGGUGCCCGAGAGUGAGAUCGUGGACACGAUAGGAGCGGGCGAUGCGUUUGUCGGCGGUUACUUCGCUCAGUUGGUCCGCUACCGACCGAUCGACGCGUGCGUCCGAAGCGGUGUUUACGCCGCACAGCAAGUGAUCCGUCAAAUCGGCGCUCAUUUUCCCCAACAAAUGACUUUUGAUGAAUAGUUUAUACAAUUUUUUAAUCAUGUUUUUAUUGAGAUUUAUUGUAGAGUAUUGAAAUAAAUGAAUUAUUAAAUUAGGUUGUUUAAUUAAUAGCUGCUAAAUUUAGAUUGUUGGAUUUUUAAAUAAAAGUUACUAUGUUAGAUUUAAUUGUGAAUAAAA